AUGGAGGUGUCAGUUGCACUCACAUUGGGAGCCCUGCUUCGCUCUCAGGGCAGUCUUCAGGUAAGUCAGUUCCACGAGAGCUUCCGCAUUGCCGUGCCCGCAAAUCUGGUCGUGGGCUGCAGACAGUGCCAGACACCUCGUCAAGUCAGCUCACACAGCAGCUAUGGCAGCCAUGCAGAGGACCGCAGCGAGCCACUCGGGCAACGAGAAGGCGGUGGAUACGCCGAGCUCGACCCAGCCGAACCAGGACAGCCCGACGGGGCACGCCGCCGUGAGACGCGCAUCGCAGAGCAAGGCACCGCUCUUGGACCAUUCGAUUCGUUGUGCAGCACUUGCGUCCGCCAUGUUCACGCGCUUCAGCCGCACCAUCGCACCUUGGCUGGCAUUCUGGGCAGCGAGGACAUGAAAACCGUGUCUUCGGUCUGUGCUGCCGGCUCUUCAGCAGCAUUGUCGGCCGUUGGUCUCGCGCUGGCCCGCCCGAAUCACGACGACGACGACGACCACGGCCACGACCACGACCACGAGCAUCUUCAAUCUGCGAGCACACGACCCCGAUCCACCACCACACCAGACAGAACCAUGACCGCCGUGGCAGCGUACUCGAUCAGCUCGCCGUUCGCCAAUCCGACGAGCCAUCCGCGUGGCCUGCAUGUCAUCUUCUCGAGACUCCAGCCGCACGCCCAGUUCGCGUCCGGUGUCGGCAGCUUUUUCGCUGUCGAACGCACCGGUAGCUGUGUCUCACUCUGGGUCGACCACUCCGAUAUUUCUGGAUACCACGCCGCUGAACUCGGCUCCAAACAAGCUCGUGAAGAGAGCGUCGUCGGUGCAUACCCAGAGCUCGCCUGUUCAAGGUUCCGGGUCGAAACUACCCAUAUUACGCAGCGUUCUGCCUCGCUUCACGGGCUAUCUUAUACCUCAGAUCGCAAUGCCCAACCCUCGCUCUCAGGUGGCUGCACUCCCAAUCGCGACACGCAAUGGCGCCACUACUUCACCCCUCGAAUCGCCGCCGAGGACGUUGCACAAUCACGACGUUCAAGUGCCACGGCGAUUCCAAAUCCCAUCAAACGGGUGUAUCCUGAUCGGAGGUACAUACCUACAUUGAUUUCCGCUAAGGAUUUGACGAGACCGGCCGAUGUUGAGCUGGACGAAGGAGGUCACUACAUCAACGAAGAUGAUGCGGCAGGGACAGAAGGUCAGGCACCUGGCAGCACCGCUUCCUCGCCAUUUCCGAACCAGAUUGUCCAUUUCGAGGAAAGCGCUGCGCCACGGAGAUCUUUCUCUAUCGGUGACUUAUUGUCAACUGGACCGCAACCACUGUGGAAGCGGCCAAAAUCAUCGGCCGGCAAAAGCAGACCUUGGUCAUCGAGGUCCAUACGCACUAACCGGCCCAGAGUAUCAUCCGAUUCUCGCGCAUCAAUGGGGAAUCGACUCAGCUCCAACUCUACCCUCGAGUCUGAGAGGCCAGCGAAAAGGCGCGAUCUUACCGACCCUGAAACAUCUCGUCGUAGCAUCUACUCAUCACCUAGCAGCGUCGACGCGGCAACAACAGAGCACGUCAAAGAAAUCGACCUUGGUCUCGGUGCAGAUCUACAGUCCUUGCACAUCACCGACGUCGAGUCGCGGGCUGCUGCCACAAGUGUUAGAUCCUCUUCCCAAGAUGACCUUCCCCUCCAGUCACCCAUGAUACCUCCCACGAAACACACACGACUGUCUGCCACGCCAUCCGAGAUUCCAUCGACCGUUGGGUCUGACAGUGACACACGCUCGGUGGGGGACAACAGCACCGACUACCAGAGUGACACGUUCUACGACUCAUAUCCAACACGAACCACACGCAGCAGUUCUGGUCGACGAGGGCCUCACAUCGAAACGAUCUUUGACGAAUCACCACCAAACUUCUCUUCGGGAAGAAGCACAAAACUUCGGGACUUCCUUAGUGAUGGCCAAUUUCCGGGAGACGAAUAUCUUGGUCACUAUCGACACAGCACCAUCGAGGAGGAGGAGAGUGUGGUAAGCACACCAGUGCGCUCCUUGCACAACAAAAGCGUAACAUCGACACCCUCCGCACGGCCCGGAGGACUGCAUAUUUUCUCGUCGUCGCCGCCGGUCAUGAACAUUGCGGCAGACACUGACGAACUUGACUGGGAUGCGCCGGAAGAUGAGCAGCUAUCUUACCGCAGUCUCGGCUCACAGCACCCAUCGAACUCGCAUGAAUUCCGUCUACCGGCAGAUCGAGGCCUUCCAGUCCGGUUCGGACCCAUCUUGCUAUCCGCGAACUCCAGCUCCAACGUUUCAACUCCACAGCGCAAUGGCGCAUUGUUGAAGGAGCGAGCGAACCUGUUCGACAUGGCCGAGCAGCAGCCAAGUCCUAGCCACACUGCCAAUUCUCCACCCCGACCAAGGACGGUCCACGGAAAGAAAGACCAGGAUAGCCGCUGGAGCCGACCCACUGGACGUCGCGGACCGAGUGCAAUGCACGCGCGCAGCCACAGCGUGCCAGUGGUACCGGAUGUUGAUGGCAAGCGAGAUACUGUCGUCGCCAACAAAUUUGGAACUUGGGGCGUAGGCAGCAAGGCUGUCACGGAAGAUUGGGAUGAGGACUUUGAAUUCGACCCACCACCACUUCCGACUCAAGAUGCUGUGUGUGUGGACGAACGGUGCAUCGACAGUGGCCAUGAGAUGUUCGUGCCAAAGUCUAUCAGGGAGCAGCAAGAGAAUGUGGUUGCGAACAUCGGCCUGCUUCGGGAAUGGGGCUUGCUGAUUGAAGAGCUGAAGGAGCUGCGCAUCCGAGCCGUUGGUCUCGAUAUGAUGAAUGGGCCGUAUGCUCAAUCGUGGCGGGAGGUCGACGCCAUGAUUGAGCUCGCGGACCAGGAAAGCGAGGAACAUACACUGGAGCCCGGCACAUCACCGCCGUCAUCCCCAGGUUUCGAUCCGCACGCUUUCGAAGAAACAUCGCCCAGUCUAAACGACACCAUUCUGUCACGGCAGGCAGCGAAUGAUGUUGAGGCAACCUUGGAGAAUACUUCUUCGCGAAACCAUCAUCUCUCUACACCGCAAGCCAAAUCCGUUGGCAAUCGGCCGCGGAAGGACUCUGAGCUUGUCGCUCAGAGCGUCAUCGCUGCGCUGCAGUCCAGGACAAGCUCUACUCUCACGAGAGCUGCACCGGCCGCUGGUCCUAAUAAGAAGGUACCAUUUGACACGGCAACUCUUCGGCAUAUCGUCCCAUACGUCAGUGGUCUAAAACGACUGAUUAAAGAUGCAAUGCGCGAGACAGAAAAGCUCUACUCCAGCCCUCGUCGACGAUCAUCGCCCGAGCAGAAGAUCCGCCGGGAGGCCGGUGCAGAUGGAAGCCCAGCAUUCCGUAACAUGUCCGAGGAGGCGGGAGAAACCCACGACGACAUGACUAUUCGACGGCAAGCUCGCCAAAACUGA